ACGUGGGAAUAGUAUUUCAGCGCCACAAGAUAAACAACUUCUCCGCUUCACGCAAAUCUCGCGAGAGGGGACGCUCCCUCUGUGCUCGCCUAUUGUGAGAGUUUUCCAACUCUCGCGUGAUCUUGGAAGUUUCCCACGCCUGUUGUUGUGGCGUCUGCCCUUCUCUCUCUCUCCCUCUAUCUCUCUCUCUCUCUCCGCCGCCUCCUCCCCUUUUUCUCUCUCUCCGUCCUCCUCACCCACCCCCUUUCUCUCCGUCUCCCUCGUCCCUACACCUCCACUCUGCUUCUUGUUGUCUCGGCGGAUUGUUCGGCUUGUGGGAGAGAAAAAGGAUAUCGCGAGUAUUGGAGUUUCAGUGAGAGUUUGUGGAAGAUGGCGCCUGUUGUGACAGGGAAGUUCGGGGAGCGCCCUCAGCCACUGCGCCUAACAAGAGAAGCAAUGAGGAAUUACCUGAAGGAGCGAGGCGACCAAACUGUCAUGAUCCUGCACGCAAAAGUUGCACAGAAAUCCUACGGCAAUGAGAAAAGGUUCUUCUGCCCUCCUCCCUGUGUUUACCUGAUGGGCAGCGGCUGGAAGAAAAAGAAGGAGCAGAUGGAGCGAGACGGCUGCUCGGAGCAGGAGUCGCAGCCUUGUGCCUUCAUCGGCAUCGGCAACAGCGACCAAGAAAUGCAACAGCUCAACUUAGAGGGAAAGAAUUAUUGCACAGCCAAAACCUUGUACAUAUCCGACUCCGACAAGAGAAAGCACUUCAUGUUGUCUGUCAAGAUGUUCUACGGCAACAGCGCUGACAUCGGUGUCUUCCUCAGCAAGAGGAUCAAAGUCAUCUCCAAGCCCUCCAAAAAGAAGCAGUCCCUCAAAAACGCUGACUUGUGCAUCGCAUCAGGGACCAAGGUGGCGCUCUUCAACCGGCUUCGCUCCCAAACAGUCAGCACGCGCUAUCUCCACGUGGAGGGAGGCAACUUCCACGCCAGCUCCCAGCAGUGGGGCGCCUUUUACAUCCACCUGCUGGAUGACGAGGAGUCAGAAGGAGAAGAGUUCACUGUGAGAGACGGUUACAUCCACUACGGCCAGACGGUGAAGCUGGUCUGCUCCGUCACCGGCAUGGCUCUGCCCCGCCUGAUAAUCCGUAAAGUGGACAAGCAGACGGCGCUGCUGGACGCCGACGACCCCGUCUCCCAGCUCCACAAGUGUGCCUUCUACCUGAAGGACACAGAACGCAUGUACUUGUGCCUUUCCCAAGAAAGGAUCAUCCAGUUUCAAGCCACUCCAUGCCCAAAGGAACCAAACAAGGAGAUGAUCAACGACGGCGCCUCCUGGACAAUCAUCAGCACAGACAAGGCUGAAUACACUUUCUACGAGGGCAUGGGCCCCGUCCACUCGCCUGUCACCCCCGUGCCUGUGGUAGAGAGCUUACAGCUAAACGGUGGAGGCGACGUCGCCAUGCUAGAGCUGACGGGACAGAACUUCACUCCAAAUCUGCGGGUCUGGUUCGGAGACGUUGAGGCGGAGACCAUGUACAGGUGUGCAGAGAGCAUGCUGUGCGUGGUUCCCGACAUCUCGGCCUUCCGUGAGGGUUGGCGCUGGGUGCGGCAGCCCGUCCAGGUUCCCGUCACGCUGGUGAGGAACGACGGCAUCAUCUAUUCCACCACACUGACCUUCACCUACACGCCGGAGCCGGGGCCGCGGCCCCACUGCAGCGCCGCCGGGGCAAUCCUGAGGGCCGGCAACUCCAGCCUGCUCAGCAACAACAGCCAGGAGGCCGGCGCCGGCGUCUACGGCCCCAACAGCACCGCCAACGCCGGAGUCACGUCCUCAUCCUCCACCGCCGCGGCCGUGGUCUCCUAACGCACACAGGGGGCCACGAUGCUAUAUGCCUUGAGAGCAAAGAAUACCACAAGGUAUAUAAAGACUAUGGGAAAUAAUAAACAAAGACUGACUCACUCUAAAGUGCUGCGUAUUAAUUUUGGAUACAAAGAAGCUGAAAUCGGUGGGAGAGAGAAAAAAGGAGCAGGGGAAAUCUGAAGGAGGAGACACCACGUCGCUGUCCGCCAGCGGGAAAAAGAAGAAGAAGAAGAAGAAGUGCUCCUCGCCAAGCCACGCCCCCAAACUCCACCCCGCCCCCCCACCCCGUCUCCCGUGGUUACUUUAGGGACCUGCCGAUCCAGUUCUGGUGUUUUCGGAAUGAGUGAAGUUCCUGCAGGCUCAGAGCACCAGCACCUUUCUACGGCUGCGAGAACGGAAAAACCACAACAACAAUACAUCCACCGCGCGCGCAAAAGAUUAAAAAAAGUUUGGAAAAAAUCUCUCGCAAAAGGAAAAGUAUAUUUUCUCCUCCUCCUGCUCCUCCCACCACUUGUUUUAUAAUUAUUCCUUUUUUUUUUUCGUUUCUUCCUGAAGGGGGCUGGAUGUAUUGUUGUUGGAGGGAGCGCAAAGGAUGCAGAGGGACACACAUAAAACGUGACGAUAACAUAGUUUUUAUGGACCAAGGAUCUUGUAUAAGCUUUAGUAAAGGUACAUUUUUCUCCAUACCUUUUUUGUAUUAAACAUAUAGUACACUUUUGUUACCAAAUAGUUUCUAUUCUUCCUCUGAGCUUGGGCUUUUUGUUUUGUUUCCCCCCUUUUUUUUGAGGUCCAAAAUCCCAACCUGUAUGUUAUUACUGCGACCUUAACUACAAACGCCUGCUUAUUAUUCAGUCUUUGGGACUGAAUUCUUUUUUUUUUUUAUACUCUUGCUUCUUCUGUCGGGGGGGAGGGGGGGGAAGAAAAAAAAAUCUGAAGUCUGGGUUGUUUAUUUUACAUAAGCGAAGGUUGUUUUUUGUUGUUUUUUUGUUUUUUUUUAUUUUAAAAAUGGGGAUUAACCUCAGAGGGCCUAUGUUUUAUCAUUGGUUUUUAUGAAGUCUUUAAAAAGAAAAGCUUUAAGCAACGCCUCUGCCUUGCCUGCAAUACUCUAUGUGCGCUAUGGAACGUAUCCACAUCAUCUCACAUGGAGCCAUAGCAACGUUUGCAGACCACGUGAACAAACUUUAGACUUCCACGGUCACGAGGACGAGUCAGUCUCAAACUUAAUGUAACAAGCGUAGUCUUUGACUUAAAAGGAUAGCCUUAGUACUGUAUAUUCUUACUGUGUACACAGUCGAACCGCUCACAUAUCUAAUAUCUGUCGCUCACUGUAUCAUAACCUAGUGAAACUCUUCUUCACACCCGGGUGGCGCCGUGUCUUCCAGCGUGUGCUCUAGUUCAUUUAACUCCAAGAAAAAAAACACAAAAAAAACUUUUCAAUUUGAUGUGGCCUUACCGAUAACUUCAAAUACUUAAAAAAAAACACAUAAACCUUUUUCUUAUCUGCUGUUUUAAACCUGCUGUGCAUAGCACAAAACCCAGCUGAUGCCUCGCUUCUUAUCACAGGAGCUCCACCACCACCACGUCAUGCAAAGAGAAAGAAGCAGCCUUUUUUUUUUUAUUUCUUUUUUGGUGUACAAGUACAAAAUAAAAGCCCUGUUUUUUAUUCUCAUGCGGUGCCCAGCACCCCUUUUUUCCACUUUUGGUACAAAUAAUCUCACGAGCGCUGUAACAGCUCCCUUUCUCAGCCGCCUUUUUUUUAACAACAACAACAAGAAAAGAAAAAAAAUCUCCUGUGGUUUUAUUAUCUUUGCAGAAACAAACAAGCGUGUGUACUAGGGCUGCAACUAACGAUUAUUUUCAUUAUCGAUUAUUUAAACGAUUAAUCGAUUAGUUGUUUGGUCAAUAAAAAGUAUAAAAAUAUCAAUCACUGUUUCCCAAAUUUACAAGACGACGUCCUCAAAUCUCUUGUUUUGUCCACAAACCAAAGAGAUAUUCAGUUUAUUAUUGUCAUAAAGCAACAAAGAAACCAGAAAUAUUCACAUUGAAAAAAGCUGAAAUCAGAGAAUUAUUUGGACUCCCAAUCAAUUAGUCGAUUAUCAAAAUAGUUGAAUUUAAUUUAAUAAUCGAUUAUUGUUGCAUUAAUCGUAUAAUUGUUGCAGCUCUAGUGUGUACAUACUCACUGUCCGAGUAGUUGCACUCAUCUGUGUUUUUUUCCGUUUCCAUGGCGACCGCGUCUCCUGUAGGAGUAUAAAGGCCUUCUAAAUGUGUGUUGUUAUUAUUAUUAUUAUUGAUGAUAAGAUGUGCAUUUCCAAACAAAACAGCAAUAUUGUACAGGUCAUUUCAUCCUUUUUGUCCGCCUGAGCACUAGUUCACCAGCCAGCAAAUAUAUAUGUGUGUGUAAGUGUGUGUGUGUGUGUGCGCGUGGAUAUGUGUGAGUGUGUGUGUGUGUGUGUGUGUGUGUGUGUGUGUGUGUGUGUGUGUGAGUGUCAUAUGUAGUUGCUGUAAUGGAAUAUUGAGUCAGACUCGCUCCAUUUCAAACUGCUCUCCAAAAAACUUGAGGGGUGUUUCUGUCUUCCACCAGAAUCCAAAUGUCUGAUGAUGAUGAUGAUGAUGAUGAUGAUGAUGAUAAUAAUCAUGGGAUACAAAAAAAAAAAAAGCAUUCAAAGGCAAUACUUGUGAUCUUAGUAUUACAGUUCAACUGUAUACACUUCCGGGGAAACAAACAAACAAACAAACAAACAUAAAAAAAGAACAAUACUGUAACUUGAAUGUCUGCUUAAUGAAGUAUUUCUUACAAACAAAACCCUUGAAAUAGGAACAAAAAAGGAUUGCACCAUGUAAAAAAAAAAGAAAAAGUUUAAGUUAUGCCCCCGUGUCGCCACCCUCGCCCACCUGUCAGUCAUUAAUGUUAAAUGUUUUAUAUUGUAAUAUUGAUAUUUUUUAAAUUAUUGGUACAAAGUCUCCCCUUGUCUUAUGUCAACAACAAAAAAAAAAGAAGAAAAAGUGCAUUAUAGCCCGAGCUGCCUAGGUCGGCCUGGGACGCU